AACAGUAGGGGACGGAUCAUAGCAACAAAAACUUUGUGCUUCCACAUCAGAAGAGCAAAACGGGGCUCACGCACGCACGCACUUUCAUUACAACGCAUUUGUUUGUUAAAACUUCGUUCCCCGUGCCCUCUCGAAAGCAUUGUGGCGUUGGGCUGUGUGAUAGCUUUGAUUUGUAGCGUAAAGUAAUUGUAACAACAUAUCGUAUACGGGUUAACUGCUGCGUAGAGGAUCGUGGUUAAUCUUCCCUUGGCAAUGUGCAAUCAUGAAUGUGCAGGAUGGUAUUAAUGCUGCAUUUUCGGUGCUCGUGUCGGUGCUAAUAGUGAUAGUGUUGGUUUGUUUAGGUUGGUAUCUGGUCUGGAAGUUGUUUCUCUCCCGAUUUAAGCUGGUUCGCGAGCUGCUUGGCAUCGCCCAAUCGAACGAACAUUCGCCAGCUCACACCUUGGGCAAGGAUUACUCAACGGUGGGCAGCAGUGGUGGUAGUACCGGUGGCGGCAACAGCCUCAACAACUUAAACACCGAUAAUAGGACACGUACCCGCAAGGUACGAAGAGAUUAGCCGUACCAUAAUAGCGCCUUGCCUCGCACGCAACCACUACGCAAAAGAUGAACAUCCGUUGCGCAAAGCCUGAAGAUCUGAUGAACAUGCAGCACUGCAAUCUGCUGUGUCUGCCGGAAAACUACCAGAUGAAGUACUACUUCUACCACGGGCUUACGUGGCCCCAGGUCAGCUACGUGGCCGAGGAUGACAAGGGUAACAUCGUUGGGUACGUGCUGGCCAAGAUGGAAGAGCCGGAACCGGGCGAGGAAAGUACACACGGCCACAUUACGUCGCUAGCGGUCAAACGUUCGUACCGCAGGCUGGGCCUGGCACAGAAGCUCAUGAACCAAGCAUCGAAAGCAAUGGUCGAGUGCUUUAACGCGCAGUACGUGUCGCUGCACGUGCGCAAAUCGAACCGGGCCGCACUGAACCUGUACACCAACUCGCUCGGCUUUAAGAUACUGGAAAUCGAACCGAAGUACUAUGCGGACGGCGAGGACGCGUACUCGAUGCGUCGCGAUCUUUCCGAGCUCGUGAACAGUGGACAGCCGGCCAACGAACGGCCACCGCCGAUCGAUGUCAGCGAUUUAGUUGAUCGGGUUGGCGGCACGAACUAUCAGAGGACGGCGGGUGAUUUUGUCGCUCAUGCAGGACACGAUGGACAUUGCUGCUAGCGGAAAACGGAUUGUGUCGCGAAUCGUACGGAUUGGCGGAUUGUGAGGUGGAUAGCUUUGUUUUUUAAGAAGGAAUUAAAUUCAUGACGGAAAAGCGGGGGUUCGGUUUUCCCUUCUUAGCGCGAA